AGAAGGAGAUCUCCUGUAGCAGACAGUCCCGGUCCCCCAACCUUUGCAUCUGGAGGGUUUAUAGAACUAAAGAUGGAGUCAAAUGUGGCAGAAAAUGGCCAAUCCAGCAGUGUUGUGGCUGGUGUGUUUCUUGAGAAGACCAAAGAAACACUCACCAUAUACCAAGCAAUGAAGAAACGUCUGCUGAAACCAGGGGCAUGUCAAGCUCUCCUAGAGGCUCAGGCUGCUACAGUCGGCAUAGUGGAUGCCAUUAAUAACAAGAAGUUUUCGGUGGAGGAAGCUGUGAACAAUGGCAUAGUUGGGCCAGAGAUGAAAGAGAAACUUCUGUUUGCUGAGAAAGCCCUUGUAGGCUACACAGAUCCAUACACCAAUGAAGCCAUCUCGGUUUUUCAAGCAAUUCAGAAGAAUGUCAUUCCCUGUGAUGUUGGAGCGAGGCUGCUGGAGGCUCAAGCAGCAACAGCAGGUAUUUAUGACCCUGUUGAGAAGACCUUUAUUUCAGUAGAGUCAGCGAGUAAGAAGGGGUACUACGACAAAGAUCUUCUAGACAGUCAAGAAGAAGCCCUGAAAGUGUUCAACGAUCCAAUCUCACAAGAACAACUUAACUACAAGCAACUACUGAAAAAGUGUACGGUAGAUACUGGAAGUGGAUUGCAUCUCCUACCCAUUUGCAUUACCUUUAAAGGACUGCGCAGAGCAGUAUCUUCUACGGAGCUCCUGGCAUCAAAAAUCAUUGACAAGGACACGUAUGACAACCUUCAAAAAGGCCAAACUACCACCCAAGAUGUGAUGCUCAUGGAGACCGUGAAAGAAUACUUGGAAGGAAAAGGAAGCAUUGCUGGUCUUGCACUGAUGUCAUCUGGCAAAAGGAUGAGCAUCUACCAAGCCAUGAAAGAGGGCAUCCUCAUGCCUGGAACAGCACUGAUUCUUUUGGAGGCGCAAGCUGCAACUGGAUUCUUGAUUGAUCCUGUCAAAAAUAAAAAGUACAGUGUGGAUGAUGCUGUCCGAGAUAGGAUUGUUGGUCCAGAGUAUCACACCAAAUUGCUUUCUGCUGAACGGGCUGUCACUGGCUAUAAAGACCCCUACACUGGUAAUAUAAUAUCCUUAUUUCAGGCGCUAUCAAAGGAGCUCAUCAUAAAGGAGCAUGGAAUCAGACUGCUGGAAGCUCAGAUUGCUACAGGAGGACUAAUUGACCCAAUAAACAGUCAUCGACUGCCGGUGGAUGUUGCCUAUGAGAGAGGUCUGUUUAAUGAGGAAAUGAAUGCCAUUCUAGAGGACCCUGGCGACGACACCAAGGGGUUCUUUGACCCAAACACAAAGGAAAAUCUGACCUAUUUGCAGCUGAUGGAACGCAGUGUCAUUGACCCAGCCACUGGACUCUGUCUUCUGCCAAUCAAAUCAGAGUCUGGUGGCUUAAACUACACAUUCAUUGACUAUGAAACCAAACUGACUUUUAAGGAAGUCAUGGUGACAGUCACCUAUGGCAAAUAUAUGGGAAUGAAGACCUCACUUUGGGAACUAAUGAUGUCAGAGUACCUCAGUGAAAAACAACGGAGAGAUAUCAUUCAACAGUACCGUGAGAGGACACUCACAAUUCAGGUUGUCAUUACAAAGGUGCUGGAGAUCAUUGAACAUUCAGUAAAGUCAGCCAAGAUUACAUUUGAAGGAAUAAGAGAAACCGUCACAGCAGAACAACUGGUAGAGGCUGACAUUAUUACCAAAAAUGUCCUUCAACAACUAAGCACAGGGAAAAAAACUACCACCGACAUUAUGAAGGAGGAGGAGGUGAAGACAUACCUACAAGGAAAAUCAAGCAUUGCUGGAAUUUUGCUACCAGACUCACAGAUAAUGUCCAUAUAUCAAGCCCAAACAAAAGGUAAACUAAGACCUGGAACCAGUCUCAUUCUGCUUGAAGCUCAGGCAGCUACAGGUUUUGUAAUUGAUCCAGUCUCAAACAAAAAAUUCUCAGUGAAAGAUGCUGUAAAAAAUAAAGUAGUGGGACCAGAGCUUCAAGCAAAGCUACUCUCAGCAGAAAGAGCAGUGACAGGCUACAAAAAUCCACACGAUGGCAAGACAAUCUCUUUAUUUCAGGCCAUGCAGAAAGAUCUCAUCGUAAAAGAUCAUGGUAUUCGCCUGCUGGAGGCACAGAUUGCAACAGGGGGGAUCAUUGACCCCAUAAAUAGUCAUCGCAUUCCAGUCCAUGUGGCAUAUAAAAGGGGAUACUUUAAUGUGGAGAUGAAUCAGAUACUCAGUGAUCCUACAGAUGACACAAAAGGGUUCUUUGACCCAAACACUCAGGAGAAUCUGACCUACCUGGAGCUCAUGGACAGGUGUGUUAUUGACUUUAACACAGGCCUCUGCCUCUUGCCUCUGAAAGGGAAGGAUCACAGGGUGAAUAUACAGGAACAUACAAAGACAUUCAAAGAGACAUAUGUCAGUGUAAAAUAUGGCCGGUUCAAAAAUAAACAGGUCACACUUUGGGAACUUCUGAACUCUGAGUAUUUGUCAGAGGACAAAAGACAGGACCUGCUCAAACUUUACAAGUCAAGACAGAUUACCAUUGAGAAAAUAAUCACUUUGAUUGUGGAAAUGAUCAAGACCAAAGAGGGUAAGAAGGAGCCAAGUUUACAUUUUGCAACUCUGAGGAGCACCAUCAGUGUUUCAGCACUCAAAGAUGCAGGAGUUCUUGGAGAUGAAACAUAUGAAUCUCUAAUUGAGGGGAGGCUAACUCAAGAAGACAUUCUACAGACUGGAACAGUGGCCAAAUACCUGAGAGGGACAAGCUCUAUUGCUGGAGUAAUUCUGCAGCCAUCCAAUCAGAAAAUAGGCAUCUACGAUGCCAAGAGAAAAGGUCUCUUGACUCCUGGGACAGCUUUGUGCCUUCUGGAAGCUCAGGCUGCAACAGGCUACAUCAUUGAUCCGGUGAAAAAUGAAAAACUUACUGUGGACCAGGCUACAAAGCAGCGAGUGAUUGGACCAGAGCUUUAUGAGAAACUCCUAUCAGCAGAGCAGGCAGUGAUGGGGUACACAGAUCCCUAUAGUGGCAAGAAAAUUUCACUCUUCCAAGCAAUCCAGAAAGAUCUGAUUCUGAAACAGCAUGGUAUUCGUCUCCUUGAAGCCCAGAUAGCAACAGGCGGUAUAAUUGACCCAAUAUAUUGUAUACAUUUACCCAUUGAGGUGGCGUACAAAAGGGGUUAUUUUGAUGCUGAUAUGAAUAAGACUCUGACAGACCCCACUGAUGACACAAAAGGGUUUUUUGACCCAAACACACACAAGAACAUGACCUACAUGGAGUUGUUGCAGCAGUGCACCACAGACCCACAGACGGGGUUCCUUCUCUUGCCACUGAAGAAAAAAGGAGAAGCUGAAGAACAAACACAAAAGGUGAAAUCCAUGGAAAAAAUGAAAAGAGAUUUUGAAAAGCACCUGGUGAAUAUCUCUAUUGGCCAAUACUCUGGCAAAUGCAUUUCACUGUGGGAGUUACUUCACUCAGAAUACUUCAACGACUACGAAAGGCAGAAGAUUCUGGAAAAGUAUGGAAUGUCUUCGAUAACUAUUCAGCAGAUUGUUACACAGGUCACAACAACAAUUGAAACUACUGAACGGAGCAACACAAAUCUGCUUACAGAUGAGGAAAUUGAGAACAUUUUCAAACUAAAGUCCAUACAUCUCAAGGCUGGGAAAUUGGCAGGGAAGCAAGUGACAGUGUGGGAACUUCUGCACUCAGAAUACAUAUCUGUCAAAAAGAGAACUCAAUUAAUACUUGACAUCAAAGAGAGACGACUCACAAUUGAGGAAAUAGUUGUUCUAGUGACUGCAAUUGUAGAAGAGGCGACUACAGAGAAACAUAAGUUUAAAGGAUUAAGCAUCUAUGAGGCCAAAGCCAAAGGACUGCUGACAACUGGAACAUCUCUGGUCCUGCUGGAAGCUCAGGCUGCCACUGGCUUUGUCAUUGACCCAGUCAACAACAGAAAACUGUCUGUAGAGGAGGCAGUUACUGCAGGUGUGGUGGGUGCAGAAUGGAAGGCAAAACUGCUGUCAGCAGAAAGGGCUGUCACUGGCUACAAUGAUCCUUACACUGGCGGAACCAUCUCCCUGUUCCAGGCCUUGAAAAAAGAUCUUAUAGUCAAAGAUCAUGGAAUUCGCCUUCUUGAGGCACAGAUAGCCACUGGUGGAAUUAUUGACCCAGUUCACAGCCAUCGAGUGCCCAUAGAGGUCGCCUACCAGAGGGGCUACUUUGAUGAGGAAAUUAACCAGAUCCUGUUAGAUCCAGAUGAUGACACAAAGGGUUUCUUUGAUCCAAACACUAAGGAAAACCUUACUUAUUUGCAACUAAUAGAGAGGUGUGUGAUUGACCCAACCACAGGACUCAGCCUGCUUGCAAUAGUGAAAAAAGGAGAAUUCUACUUCUUUAUUGAUGAAAAUACAAAGACCAUUCUCAAGUCCACCACCACAACAAAGGCAGGAGGCAAGUUCUCUGGACAGACAGCUUCGCUGUGGGAGCUCCUUUACUCCAUGUACAUCACUGAGGAGAAACGGAGAGAUCUUGUGCAGCAGUACAAAAAUGGAGCAAUUACAAUUGAAUACUUUAUGGAACAGGUACUGACAAUCAUUCAAAACAAAACCUCCUCAACAAAAACUGAACAAAAAGAAGAAAAGUCUACGUCUCAAAGCACAAAGACAACAACUAUCACUACAACAACAACUAAAUCAUUCCAUGGAAUUAGGAAGGAUGUGACAGCUGAUGAGCUGUUGCAGUCCAAAAUCAUUGCCAAGGACCUUUAUGAUGACCUCAGUGCUGGCAAAGUCACUGUGGACCAUGUGAGUGAAAUGGACUCUGUGCGCAGGUACCUGCAAGGCACUAACAGCAUUGCUGGAGUCUAUGUUCAAUCCACUAAAGAAACUCUAAGCAUUUCUGAGGCCAAAACCAAAGGACUGCUGACACCUGGAACAUCUCUUGUUCUGCUGGAAGCUCAAGCUGCAACUGGUUUUAUCAUUGACCCAGUCAACAACAGGAAGUUGUCGGUGGAGGAAGCCGCUGCUGCAGGCGUGAUCGGGUUGGAAUGGAAGAGCAAACUGCUAUCAGCAGAGAGGGCCGUCACUGGCUACACAGACCCUUACACUGGCGGCACAAUCUCUCUGUUCCAGGCCUUGAAGAAAGACCUUAUUGUAAAGGAUCACGGCAUACGUCUACUGGAGGCUCAAAUUGCUACAGGUGGGAUCAUCGAUCCAGUAUACAGCCAUCGAGUGCCAGUAGAAGUGGCCUACCAGAGGGGCUACUUUGAUGAAGAAAUGAACCAGAUCCUCUUAGAUCCAGAUGAUGACACCAAGGGCUUCUUUGAUCCCAACACCAAGGAGAACCUCACAUAUCUGCAGCUGGUAGAGAGGUGUGUGAGAGAUCCUGUCACAGGACUCAGCCUGCUUGUAAUUGCAAAAAAAGGAGAGUUUUACUUUUUCGUUGAUGAAUACACAAAGACCAUUCUCAAGUCCACCACCACAACAAAGGCAGGAGGCAAGUUCUCUGGACAGACAGCUUCGCUGUGGGAGCUCCUUUACUCCAUGUACAUCACUGAGGAGAAACGGAGAGAUCUUGUGCAGCAGUACAAAAAUGGAGCAAUUACAAUUGAAUACUUUAUGGAACAGGUACUGACAAUCAUUCAAAACAAAACCUCCUCAACAAAAACUGAACAAAAAGAAGAAAAGUCUACGUCUCAAAGCACAAAGACAACAACUAUCACUACAACAACAACUAAAUCAUUCCAUGGAAUUAGGAAGGAUGUGACAGCUGAUGAGCUGUUGCAGUCCAAAAUCAUUGCCAAGGACCUUUAUGAUGACCUCAGUGCUGGCAAAGUCACUGUGGACCAUGUGAGUGAAAUGGACUCUGUGCGCAGGUACCUGCAAGGCACUAACAGCAUUGCUGGAGUCUAUGUUCAAUCCACUAAAGAAACUCUAAGCAUUUCUGAGGCCAAAACCAAAGGACUGCUGACACCUGGAACAUCUCUUGUUCUGCUGGAAGCUCAAGCUGCAACUGGUUUUAUCAUUGACCCAGUCAACAACAGGAAGUUGUCGGUGGAGGAAGCCGCUGCUGCAGGCGUGAUCGGGUUGGAAUGGAAGAGCAAACUGCUAUCAGCAGAGAGGGCCGUCACUGGCUACACAGACCCUUACACUGGCGGCACAAUCUCUCUGUUCCAGGCCUUGAAGAAAGACCUUAUUGUAAAGGAUCACGGCAUACGUCUACUGGAGGCUCAAAUUGCUACAGGUGGGAUCAUCGAUCCAGUAUACAGCCAUCGAGUGCCAGUAGAAGUGGCCUACCAGAGGGGCUACUUUGAUGAAGAAAUGAACCAGAUCCUCUUAGAUCCAGAUGAUGACACCAAGGGCUUCUUUGAUCCCAACACCAAGGAGAACCUCACAUAUCUGCAGCUGGUAGAGAGGUGUGUGAUAGAUCUUAACACAGGUCUGAGUUUACUUAGUCUAAAGAAAUAAAUGAGAGCCAGGAAUGUUCUUUUGACCGGGUCUUUUCAGUUAGGAAAAUUUACCAUGUGCUUUUUUCUUAAAUACUCUACUGCAAAUUGUGAGAAGGUCUAUUAUUUACUAAACAUUUGCUAUUUGCCAUUUCAUGUACUAAUUAUAUUUAUUAUAUGUGCCAUAUAUCAGGUCUAAAAGGGCCUCAGAUAAGUCAUUAAUAAUAAAAAAAGAAUGUCUAUGAUGUUGAAGGUAAAAAAUAUUGCAACUACUUUAUGAUGUGUUUACAAAAUCUGUUCUUUCUAAUAAUGUAACAUUUUUUUUAUUUGUAUUUGAUACACCUGUUAAAUUCUGAGUAAAAUAACUGCAGAAGAUUAUUCAUGAGAUAAAUAAAAAGGUUUUAAUCUGGAAUUGAAUGAAAAUGUAUAUAACUUUAAUGCUGACUUUCUUCAUGCUUUAUGGCAUACUGCUUUGCACAGGGCAAUAAAAGAGAAAAUAAAAUCCUCUGUGUCCUCAUAACUAAAACUAA